AUGGACAAGUACGAAAAGGUGAAGAAAAUUGGAGAGGGCUCGUUUGGGAAGGCUAUCCUCGUCAAAGCCAAACAGGAUGGUCGCCAAUAUGUCAUCAAGGAGAUUGGCAUAUCUGGAAUGUCAAGUAAAGAGAGGCAAGAAUCUCGAAGAGAAGUUGCUGUUCUUGCCAACAUGAGUCAUCCCAACAUUGUUCAGUAUAAGGAGUCUUUUGAAGAGGGGGGCUGUUUAUUCAUAGUGAUGGACUACUGUGAGGGUGGAGACCUGUUCAAAAAGAUCAACUCUCAGAAGGGAGUACUGUUCCCCGAAGAGCAAAUCCUGGACUGGUUUGUGCAGAUUUGCCUGGCACUCAAGCAUGUGCACGAUCGAAAAAUCCUCCACAGGGACAUUAAAUCACAGAAUAUAUUUUUGACUAAAGAUGGGACAGUGCAGCUUGGAGACUUUGGGAUUGCAAGGGUUCUUAACAGCACUGUGGAGCUUGCGAGGACAUGCAUAGGAACCCCAUAUUACUUAUCACCAGAGAUUUGCGAAAACAAACCAUACAAUAACAAAAGUGAUAUUUGGGCCCUAGGGUGUGUCCUGUAUGAGAUGUGCACUCUUAGGCAUGCAUUUGAGGCUGGAAACAUGAAGAACUUGGUUCUGAAGAUAAUUCGUGGCUCAUAUCCUCCCGUUUCUGUACACUACUCCCAAGAACUGCGCUAUCUCUUAGCACAGUUGUUCAGACGCAACCCUCGAGAGAGGCCCUCGGUCAGCAGCAUACUGGACAAACCUUUCCUGUCCUGUAGGAUUGAGAGGUUUCUCACACCACAGAUCAUUGCUCAGGAAUUCCGCCAUACUUUUCUUCACAAGCAGCCUAAAAUGGGUGUGGUACAAGUGCCAUCUGCCCAGAAGAUUACGAAACCAGCCAGCAAAUAUGGAGUGCCUUUAACUGUGAAGAAGGUUGCAGACGUAACCAGAAAACCACAGGAGAGGAAAGCGGCUUUAAAACAAAAACCGGCCCCUCUCCCAGCAGCCCCUCAGAGGAAAGUGAAUCAAGUGGAGGAAGAGAGGAAAAAGCAUGAGGAGGGCAUCAGAAAGAAAAGGAUGGAGCUGAUUGAGAAGGAAAGGAAACAGAGAGAACAGAUGUUCCUGUUGAAAGCAGAGCAAAUGAAAAGAUACGAGAAAGAAAAGAUCAAUCGAAUAAACCAAGCCAGAGAACAAGGCUGGAAGCACGUCUUGAGCUCAAGUGGAGGUAGCAGCCCCGAGAGGAAGUGUUUUGUAGGAGGUAAGAGGGCUGCAGGUGUUGCCCCCCCUGUCUCGGGCCCUAAUCUUGGGCCUACUCCAGUUCCCAUCCCCCACCACAUGGCUAAAUCGCAGCCUAAAGAUGCCGGUAGGGAAGGAUUCUCUGCAGGACCUGGCAGUCCUAUCCGAGGCUUGCCGGCCGCCGCAGGCCCUGUGCUGCCUGACAGCCCCACUCAUCGACUGAACCCAGAUGUGAUCAGGAAGGAGCUUCAGAGGCUGCAGCAUGUUUCAAAACAGGCCCAUGUUAGCCGACAGGGUUGUCGGAUGGGAGCUGGGCGGGCCUUUCAGGUGGAGGAGUUUUUACAGAGAAAGAGAGAGGCCAUGAUCAACAAAGUCCGUGCUGAAGGACAGCUGGGUACGCGUCAAAAUCUGGCCGCACUCUAUGGAAGCCGGCCCGGCGUGGUUCGGUGUAGGCGAACUAAAGUCAACAAAGAGGAGGAGGAGUACUUGGCAAGACUCAGGCAGAUCCGCUUGCAGAACUUCAAUGAGCGGCAGCAGAUCAAAGCCCGACUCAGAGGAGAGAAGUGUGACAGCGACGGCUCUGACAGCCAGGAGUCAAGUGAGGAAGCACAAUUCAGGAGAAGGAAGAUAGAGGCUUUAAAAGCUCAAGCAAACGCCCGAGCUGCUGUUCUGAAAGAGCAGCUGGAAAAGAAGAGGCGCGAAGCCCACGAGAAAGAGAAGAAAGCCUGGGAGGAGCAUAUUGCAGCGAGAGGGGUGAAGCCAGACACAGCUGCCAAAGUUUCAGCCCUGCCUGCAUCCAUACUCUCCACCCCAGAUAUCUCCAUGACUGCCGCUCUGAAGAAUGUCGGAGCCAUAACUCCACAAAAGGAAAACUUGAACGCAUCGGAGGCUGCCACAGUGAUCCAGAGUGAAAAGAAGCAGAUCCUGCGCAGACUUAACCAGAACCUAAAAGCCCAGAGCCCAGUGGAGGAAGUGGAGGAGUCUUCUUCUGCGCCUGGAGAACCAAGUCCAGCUCCCCAGCAGAAAGAGCCGGAGCCUGAGGAACGGCCCCCUUCAAACGGUGAUCGGAAGAAGUGGGAAGCGGCUGAGCUGCCCCUGCUUCCUGUGCCUCAGGAAACUUUAGGGGAGACGUGUGCCACAACAAGCACCACUUCAGGAUCUCCGGAAGAAAGCGUGCCCUCCGCUGGCGACCGGAAGAAGUGGGAGGCGGGCUCUCCCCUCGUCCUCUCCGUAGCCCGGCAGACCCUGGAGGAGACAUGCAUCACGACCACCGAUCAAACAAUAGGUGAGGUCAUCCAGAUGGGCAGGCUACUGGAGGAAACGUCCGGGAGAGGGGACCAAGCCAGUCACGUGUCUCAGCUGCUGAGGGGGCUUCAGGAGGGAAAGCCUGAGCCAAUCAACCAACCGCCGGAGGCCGUCUCCAUCUGUGAAGACAAGCUUUCGAGUCCUGAUAAGCCAAAGCAGGCAGCAGAAUCGACUGACAGAGGAAUGUUUCCAUCUGCUGUGGGUCAGACUCCAUCUGUCAAUCAGGGUUCAGAUCAGUGUAUUUCUGCUCCUGAUGUGCAUCUGCCACCCGACAUGACUGAGGUUCAGGAUCCUGCAGACCUCGAUUCUAUAGUUUUGGAGGAGAGUCCUAAAAAAGUCUCACAUCCUCCAGCUAGUGUGCAGCAAGCAUGGGAGCAGGAAGCCCCCGAGCCAAUUCCGCCAGAGGGUGUUACGAGACCAACACCAGCCAAGGAUACUGCAGCGAGAGCAAAUGAAUCGUCUGCUUUGGCCCAGAAUGAGGAGCCGCUCUUUAUGAAGUUGUGCUCUCCGGCCCACCGACGCACUGCUGCCUUGGCGGUCCUCUCUGCUCAGUCCUCCGUGGAUGAAUCAUCCUCCUCUCUGGCCUCUCGCUCACGAUCCGUCUCACCUCUUCGCUCCCGGCAAAAGGACGCUCUCCUCAUUGAUCUCUCCACAGGCAUGUUUGACACCAACAACCUCAAGAUGCUGCGGACGUGUUCUCUACCAGACCUCAGUCGUGUCUUUAGCUCUCAGCAGGACACUGAAGCCACCAAAAAAGCCAACGUGGCCCCAGAAAACAACCUGGAGAUAGAGGACCUGGAAGAGGCCGCUAAAGAUGACGAUCAAUCAGAAGCAGAGGAUGCGUAUGAAGAUGAAGAUUUGCGAGACAUCAGGGCCUCGAUGGAGAGACUGCUGCAGGAGGAGGGCGAAGCGAUGAGGAACCACCAAGAUGUGAGAGCUGGAGACUUUAAUGGAAACCCCCAAGAGGACAGAGAGCAGGAGCUCCUCAACAGGAUCGCCACCGAGAUUGACCAGGACAGCGAUCAGAUGGCCGUCGACGAGGAUGCUGAUGAUGACGAUGACGGAGAGGAGGAGGACGAGGAAGAGGAGGAAUGCUCCACCGGCAGUCCUGGUGACGAGGAAGCAGGGGAGCUGCUUUCUAACGGCGUAGGAGAGGAGGGCCUCAGAAACAACAAGCAGCUCAAUGAAGAAUGGCAUUCAGAUGGAAGUGGAGAAGACCAGGGCGGAGAGCAUCACGACAGCAUCUUCAGUCGUCUGGAAGAGCUUCGCUUCAACCUCGAGCAACAGAUGGGCUUUGAGAAGUUCAUCGAAGCCUACAACAAGAUCAAGGCUAUACACGAAGAUGAGGAUGAGAAUAUCGAGCUGGGCUCCAAUUUGGUCCUAAACAUCCUGGGAACGGAGCACCAGCAUCUGUACCCCGACAUCCUUCACCUAGUGAUGGCAGACGGUGCUUAUCAGGAAGACAAUGACGAAUAACGCUCUGGGCGUUGGAGCUGCAAGCAGUGGUGACAAUCUGCUCACCAUCCGAUGUCUUCCCACAACACGCGUCGCUGGCAGAAUGAUCUAUGCAUGAGCUGCGGCGGCCUCACUUCUGAACAGCGUUUCAGGCACAUUUGCAUGAAAUUUAACCAGAACACUUGAGACUGCGUUUCGUUGUUUUGACUAUCGGCACCUGCCACUCCUUUUUUUCUUUUCUUUCUUUCUUUCUCUAAACCAGUGUUCACUCAGAAGUGCAUUAUCAAAUCUGUGUUCCCGUUAACCAAAGUUCAUUCCGAGCUUCUGUAAGCGUUUGUGUCAGUCCACGUCUGCAAAUGAAUGACGCACAAGUUAUGCGAUGUAAUGUAACGGCACUUGAAUUAACAGUGUGAACUAUUUGCUUGUCUGUGUUGCUGGUUCAGUGAGGCUGCUCGGUGGCGUUUCAGUUCGGGCGGAUAAGAUCUGGCUUCUCUCAGGUGCUCUCUUUCGGUGCCACUUUCAUCUAUUAUUACAUGUUCAACGUUAGCCAGGUGGCCCACGACACACACACACACACACAUACCGUCAUUUACUCAAAAACCAGCUGAACCUCCUUUUUCUUACAAGAGCUUUCGUCCAAGCCAGAAGUUGAAUACCGUCUAAUGCGUUUUCCACAUUUCUUACCGUUUCUGUUAACUCAUGUGAAAGGUGAGAGGUUUUUGUGACUGAGACUGUUGCACUGUAGCACGCCUGGCCGAUGCGACGCGUGGGCCAGGUCAGACUGAAACGGAGAGUUCUCCUGAUUAUAUAACUAGUGAUUUUAGAUGCUACAUAUAACUCAUGUUUGAUUAUAAUUUAAAUAUUGUAAAUAUUUUUAUGGAAUAAAC